UUUCCAUAUGCUUGGGCCAUGGACAUCACAGUACCUCUCACGUGCCAUAUUCCUGCGCAUAUAUAUAUAUAUAUAUAUGCAAGUCCUACGACAGAGAACUAAUAUACUUGAUUAAUAAACAAACAUUAUUAUGCUUUUAUAAUAUAUUAUAUUAUAUUAUAAAAUGUACAUGUAGAGAUAGCUAGAGAGAGACUUGCGUGUGAAGACUUAAUUGGUUCUACAGCUAUUAAUUAAUUCUUAAAUAUUUGUGUUGGAGCCUUCAGCCUUAGAGGUGUAGUGUGAAGAAAUAAUGGGCAAGUUUAGAACGGUGUGUGUCUUCUGUGGCAGUAAUUCAGGGCACAGAAAAAUAUUCAGUGAUGCAGCUCUUGAUCUUGGAAGAGAAUUGGUAGCGAGGAAGAUGGAUUUGGUUUAUGGAGGAGGGAGUGGAGGACUGAUGGGGUUAGUUUCACAAACUGUUCAUGAUGGUGGAUGUCAUGUUCUUGGAGUUAUUCCAAAAGCGCUUAUUCCACUUGAGAUAUCGGGAAGCUCAGUGGGAGAAGUUAUAAUUGUAUCGGAUAUGCAUGAAAGAAAAGCUGAGAUGGCUCGUCGAGCUGAUGCUUUUAUUGCACUGCCUGGAGGAUAUGGAACCAUGGAGGAGCUGCUUGAGAUGAUAACUUGGUCACAGCUGGGAAUCCAUAACAAACCUAUUGAUUUCUUAAUCAAACCAUCAAAAUCGGGGACCGAGUCAUAUGGUGUAUGCGGUUAUGAGUCAGUUCUGGCCCUUCAAAUUGACAGCCGCCCAAAUUAUUAUAGUGACGGCCAUGAUUAAGACUUAACACCCAUUUGAGGGCUCAUAAUAUUUCUCUCUUCUUCAGCGAAAAAAAAAAUAAAACAUAUAUAUAUAUAUAUAUAGAUAGAUAUAGAUAUAGAUAUAUUUCUCUCCUCUUUUAAAUCUUAUUUUUAGCGUGUUUGGUGUCACAACAAUCUAGUAGCCGCCGGUAAAGUCGAAAUGAGACUUUUUGAAUCUUUUACAUAGAAAGUGUGGCUCAUAUUCUCCUUUUGUACUUUUACCCCUAGAAAUUUGAACAUUAUAGAUUGAUGGAAGAUAAUGAUAAGGUGAAAAGUGAAA